AUGGAUCCAGCAAAGUACGGCAUCUCGUCUGUGCCACUCAAACAUGCACCGUAUGGACCGAUCGUGCCUGAGAAGCUGAAAGGUGCGAACAAGGGCAAAGUCGCCGUAGUCACUGGGGCAGCACGAGGCAUCGGCCGUGCGAUAUCUGAGAAUCUUGCGAACUCAGGAGCAAACCUGGCAAUCAUCGACCUCCUUCCCGACCCAUUGCAGGAGACGAAGUCCAUAUGCGAGAAGUAUGGUGUUACCGUCAAGACUUACCCCUGUGAUGUGACGGACGUUGCGCGCUUGACGGCCAUCUUGAAAGAGGUCGAGCAAGAUUUGGGCCCCAUCGAAAUCCUGGUGAACAAUGCCGGCGUCGCACCUGGCAAGCCUCAGUGGAUGGAAAGCUUUGAGGAGUUCUGGCGGACCAUCGAGAUCAACUUCAAAAGCCAUAUGCUCACAACCUGGGCCGUCCUGCCAGGCAUGCGAGAGCGCAAGUCCGGCGUCAUCGUCAACAUUGCAUCUCGUGCUGCGACAGUGGACUUUCCAUUCUCUACCGGUUAUAAUUCCAGUAAGUGCGCCGUUACGAGAGCCACGUCAACGUUGCAGGAGGAGCUUGACCUCGACGAAUUGGAUGUUCAAAUGUAUGCUUUGCAUCCCGGCGGCGUGCCCACGGCAAUGUCAAGUCGCGAGAUGAACCCGGAGAUCUUGAAAAAGUACCCCUCCCUGCAAGAGGCGACUCCUGAUUUCAAAAAUCUGUUCAAGGACCCUCCGGAGCUUUGCGGUGCUGUUGCGGCGUAUCUCGCUGCAGGCAAGGCCAAGGAGCUGAGGGGCAUGUAUAUAGAUUGCAGGCAAGACCUUGAGCGGAUACAGGCUGUCGGACGGGAGAAACUGCAGAAGGACUUCUUGUACACGCUCAAGAUCGACUUCCUGGAGGGUUAUAAGAACGAGCCUUGA